AUGCAGUUUAUAACACCCAAGGAUGGGCCUCGCCGCGGCUCAGUAGCUGGAGGUCACAAAGCUAGGUCCACCAAAAUCCUUUCUGACACCGUAGAAUCAUUCCAUGAGGAUCUUGAUAUUAAGGAUGGUGAUCUGAAGCGCAAGCAAAUCUUCAAAGGCUGGGUAUUACUAUGGUUGGCCUAUCAGUCUACCGGGGUCAUAUAUGGUGACAUUGGCACGAGUCCGCUUUACGUCUACUCGUCCACCUUCUCCUCUGAGCCCUCAUAUACUGACCUCCUUGACGCACUGUCGUUGAUCAUUUGGCCCAUCACCCUGAUCAUCACCGUCAAGUAUGUCUGCAUCGUGCUUUGUGCUGGUGGCGAAGACGAAGGCAGAACGUUUGCAAUGUACAGCUUGUUAGCUCGCUAUUGUAAUAUUUCCGUCCACGACCCCAAGACUCGCAGCACAAUCAAGUCAGAGCGAUACGAUUCCAAUAGCCUACGGUCAAGUAACAAGAAUGUCCGGAGCUUCAUGGAGCAAAGCAGCCUUUCGCGUGGCACACUGAAGGCACUUGCUGUCUUUGGAGUGAGCUUGAUUCUUGCUGAUGGCAUUCUGACCCCAGCACAGUCAGUGUUGGGUGCUAUCCAAGCCUCUGGAUAUUCCAAAAUCGGGAACGCCUUCGCUCCAGCAGUCCUCAUAUGGCUAUUAUCUAACAUAUGCUUUGGAAUUUAUAACCUCGUCAAGCAUGACUACACCGUGUUGAAGGCAUUCUCUCCCUACUUCGCUAGAGACUUUCUCGCCCGCGUUGAAGCGCUCUUCGCCAAUCUUGGCGCCUUCUCUAAAAGGGCCAUCCAGCUAUCGUGUCUUUGCUUCGCAUACCCUUCCCUGCUUCUCGCAUACAUCGGGCAGGCUGCGUUCAUCUCUCAUGACCCAUCCGCGUUCUCGAAUCCCUUCUUUAACUGCGUUCCGCCCGGCAUGUUCUAUCUAUCCCUUGCGAUGAUCGCGUCAUUGUCUCAGCUCUUGUCCCAAGUCAUGAACAUGAGCUAUUUCCCUCAGAUCAAGUUGGUUUACACCAGCAAGCGAUCCUAUGGACAGAGUCAUAUACCGGUGGCAAAUUUGCUAUUGAUGAUCGGAACAGUAAUAGUCACUGCAGUAUACAACAAUACGACAAGUCUUGGCCAAGCCUACGGAGUUUGUGUCAUUCUAGUUACCUUCAUCACGAUAAACAUCAUUGCGCUUCUUCUUUUAAUCACAAUCUGGCUCCCAUUUGUCGCACUUGAUGGCAUUUUCCUCUCAUCGGCAAUCACAAAGGUGUCAGACGGGGCAUGGUUUACGCUUCUCCUCGCCUUCCCCCUGGCUAGCAUAUGUAUUCUCUGGCGAUAUGGAAAGAGAAGCAGUACCCUCGGGAUCUUCGACAAAGUCGACGACCUGGUCCCCACCGUCUACCUCGAAUUCCUUCGCAAAUUCGAAGCCCAGCAAGAAGUCCACGUCUUCCUACACCUCCGCGCACUAUCCAAGCCAUACGUCUCCGCACAAGACAAAUACACAAUUCAGCAAACCUCACUUCCAAAUUGCUAUCUCAUGACUAUCAAGCAUGGAUAUAAUGACCGCGCUAUCAACGCGGACCUUGGCCGUAUUAUCUACGAAGAACUGCGGGAGGGAAUUGUUCAGAGCAUAGAUAUACCAGAUUAUUACUCUUCAUCAAUUACUAGCGAGCCGUCGUCGCGGUCGCAGAUAUCGGAUUCGGCGGUUACGCCUGCACGGCGUGCUCCUUCUUCCCCUCAUCCUGGAUCCCCCUCUACAUCCGCAGUAGAGGGUACAAUGCUCGUCAACGAAUCAUGGAUUGAACGUCGUCUUACGGCACUGUAUGCAGCGUAUAAGCAUCAAGUUGUUUAUAUUGUGGGGAAAGAGCAGAUUCGUUUGCUGGUGGACAAGAAUAACUUGUUCAAGAGAGCGGUGUUGGGGAGUUUUAUUUGGUCGAGAGAGAAUACGAGGACGAAUCCUGCGCAGUGGAGGUUGCCGGUCGAGAAGUUGGUUGAGGUGGGGUUUGUUAAGGAGGUUUAG